AUGGAAUUUAAUUCGCCGCAGCCAGAGCACGCACAAUUACACAUUCACCCUAAAGGUGCAGCCCGGCUGCUGGGAAAACUGCACGCGGAGGGUCGCGUGAUGCACCACGAAGAUAACGAGGAAAGCGGGGGCGGGGAGGGACGGCUGAUUCCGUCACCGCCGCUGUCACCACGAGUCGGGCCGGGAGAGAGCGGGGCGGCGGUGGGACGGGAUGCCGGAGCACUUGUUGUGACGCCGAGCUGGGCUCCAGGCAUGACUUCAAAGCGGUAUCGAUACGCGACACAUGGGUUUCUUGCGCAGUACCGACUAAUGGGCUACGGCGGCGGCGCCAGGCCGAAGAAAACGGGGCUUGCGCGGCGGCCACGGUAUAACAAGACAUAUGCCUCGGGGUCCGACCUGGAAAAGGUGUACCGCACGCGGCGGGUGACCAAGAACACAGGCACGCCCGCUGUGGAGGGUUCGCUGUCGCCAAUGGCGGGGUUUGCGCGGCCAUCGCCGCGGGCGAACCGCAAGAAGAGGGCGCACCCCCACGUCUCGGGCCACACGCAGACUACCCCGCUUGCGUCUGCCAAGGAGGUGCACUCUGCGCCCACGUAUGUGCCCAAUAUGAGCUGGGAGAAACUUCCCGACUACUCGCCGCCAUUGUCGACGCUCCCCUCAAACAACAACACAAAGUGUCUCAAAGUUGAAUGGAAGGGCUCUUCAAUGGACCUAUCGAACGACCCGUUGCGCCAUAAACUCCACCCGGCCGAAUUGGUGUUGGCUCAGACGUUGCGGCUACCUUGUGACCUAUACCUAGAUUCUAAACGCAGACUUUUCUGUGAAAAGGUACAUCGCUUAAAGCAAGGCAUGCCCUUCCGGAGGACAGAUGCGCAGAAGGCUUGCCGAAUCGACGUCAACAAAGCAUCCCGCUUGUUUGCGGCUUACGAGAAGAUUGGUUGGCUAGAUGACGACAAUUUUGCGAAAUAUUUGUGA